CAUACGAAGCCUUUGAGCUUGUGUCGUUUGUGCCUAGAGCUUGUGUUGCUUGUCACAUUGUUCAAGAUGCGGUUCCAAUUGAGUACGGCGCUGACGGCGGCGCUGGGUCUUGCGGCGUCGGCGGAUGCGCUGAAGAUUCUCAUGGGGAACGAUGAUGGGUUUGGGAGCGGAAAUCUGAGGGAGUUGUAUAAGAUGCUGGUUGAUGCGGGUCAUGAAGUGCUCAUUGUUGCACCCGCUCAACAGCAGUCCGGAAAGGGCACGACGGUCAUCUGGGCAGAAACCGCCAACCUCACCGUGCCAUCACAGUACAACAUUAUCCCAGCAGGCGCCCCAUCAGUCGGUCGUGAUCCCACCGACGAUAACAUCUGGUACUACGACGGCACACCCGCAGCAUGCACCUUCGUAGCCCUCGACUACGUCCUCCCCCGCUACUACCCUGACUGGAAGCAAACCGCCGACCUCUUCAUUGCAGGCCCCAACUAUGGCACUAACCUUGGCCCCUUCGUCAUGGCCCUCAGCGGCACUGUCGGCUCAACCUUCGCCGCCAUCUCGCGCUCCAUCCCCGGCAUCGCCACAAGCGCCAGCAACAGAGCCGUCCCCUACUUCAACGUAACGGGGCCCUCGCACCCAGCCGCCGUCGCCGCCAAGGCAACCUUCGGCAUCGUCAACGAAUUCAUCAAGAACACGCCUGCCGGCCAAAAAGUGCUUCCGCUCGGCUACGGCGUCAACGUCAACAUCCCCGAACUCGCCAAUGCCACAAGCUCACCUCCCGUCUUCAAAACAAGACUCACAGGAAACGCCAACACGGAUGUCGCCGUGUACAACGAGACCACCGGCCUCUUCACCUGGGACAACGUCAACCCGCUCGCCGCAGGCAUCAACGCCCAGUACAACGGCGACACCAGCCUUCCCGACGAGACAUGGGUUGUUGCCGGUGGCGGCAUCAGCGUCAGCGCCUUCACCAUGGAUUGGUCGGCCCCGGAGUCCGGCUACACGGAUGCGGUUUACGAGAAGGCGAGUGCGCUGUUUACUGAGGGAAGUGGCAAUGCGACGCGGUAUAGCAAGAGGAUGGUUGAGGAGAGGAUGAGGAAACGGGGAGCCAUGUUGAGUGGACGGGAUGGAGGUGCUUAAAUGUGCUUUUCAAAAAAAAGUCUCGUUGUGCGUCCAUGAGAAAUGUGUAUAUGUGUUAUACGCCUAAUAAAAUAGAAAUCGGACAGGUGAAACUAAGACAAUGCCUCGUUUUUUUCUUUUUCACUCCGUAUAAGCAUCAAUGAAACAAAGAAUGUCUAAAUACAUAUAUCUAGCCAUUUCGUGUAAUAUGUAUUUUCUGCGCUUCUUCUC